AGUGAGUGAUUGUCUCCCAGCAUUCACACAGAUAAACUUCUAAAGCACCAAAGUAUUUGUGUGGAAUAUGAUGGUUUCUCAGCAUAGAAACAAAACGUGUUUUUUUAAAUGAACAAUAGCAUGCGAGUGUAUAAUUGCCCCUCAGCAUUCACGUUCAAUGACUGUGAUUAGCUCUGAUUUGUGUUGUCAGGCGCAUGCUCAGACGCUGACUCUGUGUCCAGAUGCUGUGUUUCUCUCUCCGUGGCGCACCGGCAGGCGCAGUGGGCGAUAAAAGCGCAGACAUGCGAAGACGGAGCGCACUUCGCCUGCUGAGGAGCGCUGGGCGGAGACACGCACCCAAAAGUCCCACCCCCUACACCCUCCGAGAACCGGGUGGUUCGGCUCCAAACUUGGCGGUAUGAUCGAUUCCAACGUGAGCCUGAGCUGCGCACACUGUCCCGAGGGAGGAUCCACCACCACGGCCAAGUACGAGGAGGUAUCCGGCUCUCUGCCGCCGCCUCCAUCCCUCAGCCCCACCGGGCACCUGGUGGUGGCCGUGUGCCUGGGCUUCAUCGGCAGUCUGGGCUUCCUCUGCAACUUUGUGGUGUUGGCCAUGUUCCUCCGGUACCGGGCUCUGCGCACGCCUAUGAACCUCCUCCUGGUGAGCAUCUCAGCCAGCGACUUUAUGGUGUGCGUACUGGGGACCCCCUUCAGCUUUGCAGCCAGCAUCCAGGGACGCUGGCUGAUUGGACGGGCGGGCUGCGUCUGGUACGGUUUCAUUAACGCCUGUUUGGGCAUCGUGUCGCUCAUAUCCCUGGCCGUCCUGUCCUAUGAGCGCUACUGCACCAUGAUGGUGCCCAACAUGGCCGACGGCAGAGACUUCCGCCCGGCGGUGGUCGGUAUCUGCUUCUCAUGGUUGUACUCUGCGGCGUGGACCGUGCCCCCACUGCUGGGCUGGAGCCGCUACGGCCCCGAGGGUCCCGGCACCACGUGCUCGGUGGACUGGCACACGCAGACGGCCAACAACGUCUCCUACGUGGUGUGCCUGUUUCUUUUCUGCUUGGUGCUGCCGUUCGGGGUCAUCGUGUUCUCGUAUGGCAAGCUGCUGUACGCCAUCAGACAGGUGCGCAGCGGCAGUUCGGUGGUUACGCGGAGACGAGAGCAGCGGGUGCUGUUGAUGGUGGUCACGAUGGUGGUCUGCUAUCUGGUCUGCUGGUUGCCGUACGGCGUGGUGGCACUGCUGGCCACCUUCGGCCAAAAGGAUCUCCUCACUCCGGAGGCGAGCAUCAUGCCGUCCCUGCUGGCCAAGUCGUCUACGGUGGUCAACCCCUUCAUCUACAUCUUCAUGAACAAACAGUUCUACCGCUGUUUCAGGGCCUUCCUCAGUUGCUCUGCCCCCGAUCGAGGUGCCACCCUCAAGACCUUUUCCAGAAUAACCAAAACCCUUCGCACCGUCCAACCUGAGAAGAAUCCCCACAUGUCCGCUGAUGCCCCCUCCUCAGCCCAGCCAACACCGGACUCCAUCCACGGGUCCUUCAAGGGAGCCAAUCACGCGUCCGACGUAAACUAUCCCCUGCGUAAACUGACUCUGGUGGCCCACUACAGGGAAUGACGGAACUGAAAAGAGGAACUCUUCGAACAGAAACUGGUCUGACUCCUGUUUGUAGUCUGUGUAAGCAUGCAUCAAGAGCACAAGUGUUUCCUUAAAGCGCUCCUGUGAACUUCCUGUUCACUGAAAGGAUGAAAUGUAAUAAACUUUGGUUGGUUGGUGUAGUUUUCGUGUACAGAUCAUUGACAUCGACUCCUGAAUCUGAGUUACUUAGAGUCACUCAUUAAAGUUCUACAGUUCA